AUGAGGAAAGUCUUCCUAGACGUCUGUUCCUAUGUCCUUCUGUCCAUCUAUCCCUCAAUUGGCUCUGUUGUCUGUUCUUUUUCUUUUCUGUUUUGGCCUGAAAUAUCAUUUUCUAGCAGAAAAGAAGAUAGUGGGUUUGAAUGGCGGGCGGGAUUUGUCUAUUCUUCUUGCCAUUAUUCUUUUAUUUCUUUUUGUUUUAUUCUUUCAUUCACCCUUUCUUUUUCUUGUCAUGACGUCUGUUCCUUUUCUCUUUUCAUCUUGACACUUUUUUCUUUACUUCUUUCAUUUUCUUACAACCUUAUAGGUACGUGUACACAGAAUUGUUUACUUUAUCGUUUUUUUAAAUUUUUUCUUUUCUUUUAUUUGUCUAUCCUUUUUUUUCUUUUUUUUCUUUCUUCCUUUGUCUAUCCUUUUUUUCUUUCUUCUUUUGUUUAUCUUUUUUUUUCCCUUUUGUCUCUACUCUUUUCUUUUCUCUAUUCUUUUUUACCUCUCAAAUCCAUCUAUCUUAAAUUUGUAUGUUUUCAUUUUUCUCUUCUUUCUUUUUUUUCUUUCUCUUUUUUUUUCUUUCUCUUUUUCUUCUUUCUCUUCCUGUUGAUUCAUUUCUAUUACAUUGAUUUUUACACUAUUUUCUUUGUCUUUGAUUUUCUAUAUUUGCAUAUGUUUCUUUGCAAUAACUUUUAUACUGUUUGUUUUUCUUUUCUCUCUCUCUCUUUCAUCCCUUUAAUUCAUCUUCUUUCUAUUUUAUUUUUCUUGAUUGUUCUAUGUCUCUUUCUACUUCACAAUUCUUUCUUGAGCUUUAUGUCUAUCUUUAUCAUGGUCUCAACUGCCUUGUAUCAUUUUCAGCAAACUCUGCUCUGCCCUUGA